AUGGAGGUUAGGUAUCCGCCCAGGAUCUUGAGGAUCUCGAGACCCUUUUCCGUUUCGUAUAGUUUGAAAUCCAACAUCGCAUACGACCGCACCAGUUGUAGCACCGUAGGCAGGAUUUCUGUCCAGUUCGACAGCGCAGACACCGUCAACGGGAACAGGUUGAUGAUCUGGUCCGGAACUGCUACCGUGGUUGGCAGAUGUUUCAGCACGGCUCCCCAGAGCUCCAGGCCGUCCUCGCACAGCAACGCGUACAGGUCUGAGCCCGGAGUGCAGCACAGUUCGAUCAACGGUAGCACUAUCGGAUAG